AUGGUGUCAUCCACUUUUCCCCACGAGGGAGCAGACUUCCAGACCAUCGAGACUGCCCAAGGCAGUGUUGUAGUAUCUACUGAUCUUCUCACGACAUCGAAUGCCGCGGCGGACGAAAACUUCAAUAUUCUCUUGAAGCCGAACACCGACGUUGUCGGCAAAACAUCGUCGUCGUCCACGUCUAGCCCUAGCGUUGCUGAGGAUGAGAUCGAAUCGCCAAACAUUGCAUCUAUGCCAUUGCAAUAUCCAGAAGCGAGCAAUAUCACUGUUGAUAACCCGUCAACUUACAAAAUUCCCGAAGUCUGGCCUGUCGACCCCGAUCUUCAUGAGUUGGAUUCCUUCGACUAUGAGCAACCACGAGGCGAAGCAGGAAUACCAGCGGAUCAGCCAUUCGCUCAACCUAGCGAAAUCGCGCCUUUACCUCUUAAUACUGCGGGCCCCGUCAAUCCAUCAGACACAGCACCUGCCACAAUACCGCCUGGGCCAGUUAUACCGUCUUUGGUGUUGAAUGGCAACAGUUUAGAUUCCGAGCCGCCAUCGCAGCCAGCAAGCACUGAACCUAUUCCCUCCUAUAUGACGCCCGAAGCUAUUCGGGCUAGGAAUUUGAUACUCAGCUGCAACCUCCCAAGACGGACUGGGAAAAUUACGGGUAGAGCCCGAAGUCCUGAACGGCACGUAUCGUUCUCGGAUGACCCCAAACCUUCCAAGCGACAAAAGUUGGAUAGCAACUGCUGUAAUCGCUAA